CCCACCUCAGUGCCAAAAUUAUUUCCCACUGAGCUGCCCCACGCCGACGCCGACGCCGACGACGACGACGACGACAUCACCACCUAUCCAAGCAGUAAACCUCACCCAGCUGCCAAAAUGCAACCCACCCGCGCCCUCCUGGGCAUGCGCUAUCGCAAGCUCCGCCUCACAACCAAGGACGUCAACAAGGGCUUCUACAAGGGCACCGGCUCCGGCUCCAUGGGCCGUCACACCUCCCGCGGCGGCUACAUCAUCGAGUGGAACAAGGUGCGGACUUAUGUCUGUCCCGAUUUGACUGGGUUCAAGCUCACCCCCUUUGUCACCAACGCCGUCAAGAGAACAUACGGACAGUACGACACCAAGCUCGGGCCGAGGGACCCCCAGGAGUAUCUCGCGAGGUGGAAGUCGGAGAACGGUCUUGAUUAAAUGGUGUGGGAGAAGAAGAAGAAGAAGAAGAAGAAGAAGAAGAAGAGCUGGGAUGGGAAGUGUUGUACAUAUAUGGCGUGGAAUUUUUCGGACUGGCGUUCAGGGCGUUGUUUUACAACUGACUUCCAA